CAACAUCAUAUCCACUUUACUGAACUUUGAUACUUUGAAAAUUGAAGAAUCCUGGAAAAAAAUCGCCUGAAUUCUGAACAUCUGAAAAGCUUCUUCGCUGUAUUAUAUUCAUACCUGAUCUCUAUUCGUUGUACAUCUGAGGAUUCAGACUAAAUCAGGAUGUUGAUCACUGCAGCUCUUAUUCUCAUUGUCACCAGUCAAGUUGUCCCAGGACAGAGAUAUCCAUUAAAUAUGGAAGAGGAUUCAGUUGAUGACUUGUAUGAUGGCUGUAGAGGGAAAACUGAAAAAUUGGUGAAGACAAAAUAUCUAACUGAAGAAAUCCGUGCUAACAUAUCAGGCUUUGGAACAGUUUGGGAAAACUGUACAAAAAACAUCCCUGGACCAAAACACAAUCUGCAAAGAAAUCAUUUAAUUGCAAUUUCUGUGUAUACUGGUGGUAUUGUAUAUAGAAAAUUCAAUGAGGAUGUUAGGACCGGUAAACAGGAAUACGAAGACAAGACAUACAAAUGGUAUUCGCUUCAUUUUUGGUUGACACAAGCGAUACAGACUCUAAAGAUAAUUCAACAGGGAUGCAAGUCAACUUAUCUUGUGUCCUCUUCUCUUGAUCGUAAAGAAACAACUAAUUUUAGAAAAGAAACUUGUUUUGAAAUCAAGACUUGUCGUGGUGUUGAUGUGUCAAAAUACUCCCAGUUUCCUAAUCGGAAAGAGGUGUUGAUUCCCCCAUAUGAAACAUUUAAUAUCACUAAUAUCAGGACAGGUCAGAAGGGUGACUGGUGUAAGACUGUGUUUGUGUUAAAUAGCACUGGUAUAAAAAGUAACUUAAACUGUGCAGGGUUGCAUCACAUAGUGCCGUUUGGUCAUGACCCCCUCACAUUCAUAGCCAACAUUGAGGGUACCCCCUAUUCGUCCCUUGAAAAUGUAGAGGGUCGUCCUAUAGAUUUGAAUGCAAACUCCUCAUCUUUGAAUUUUGACGAAAUGGGUAUAUCGGUUUGCCUGCGCAAUGUGGUUUUAGGCGAUUGAUUAUAUGCUGCAAAUGUGUAUUUUUCAGUAGCGUGCGGCUGUUACAUUCAUUGGUGCGGUGUCUAUACAUUUUCGUGGGGCAGAAACCCUUGUCUGAAGCGGUAUCACGACUUUUUUCCUCUCUUUUUAUAUAUUUUUGGUCUACAUUAAAAUGACAUGUUUGCAGGACUGUAUAUUUGCUGUAUGUUUAAUUAAGGUAGGAUGUUUUAUUAUUUUCGAUCACGUACAGGCUACUGUUGGUCAUUCCCCAUCACGUCUAUAAUCCGACGUUGAGGGUACACCCUAUUCA